AGCGGUGCGCUCCGCUCUUCCAAAAGAGCUACUUGACCCUACACUAGUUACCGGCACGCAUGGUAGAGGUGCAAAGCGUGCUCCUUGGCUGGAAGAAAAGAAGCUCAACUUUCAGGAGAUGCAUCAGGACUAGGAGGAUAACGGUCCUGGACCGAGUUUCCUGAAAAGUAGAUUGAUGAACUGGUCAUGUUUAUUGGAGCUCAUGUCGGUCAUUCUUGGCUUAUUAGACUUUUAUUUUUACUACUUAGCCGAAUAGUCUUUGCAACGGGGAGACGAUCUGGAUGGGGUUUGAUACCCGAAAUGUCAUCUUUUCAGUCAUAUUGCAGCUCCAAUUAGACGUCACAUUACAUAGCACCCUGUAUCGCGGUGUAAAAUGAUGCUAAUUGGGACUGUUGUUGUUAUGCGAGGAGUGAAGCGCCGUGUGGCAAUUGUUUGAACGUGCAUUAACCGGCAAAAUUAGCAUUCGUAAUCGUAUUCUGUUAUGUUACAAGUGGAUUUAGACAAUAUUUAACAUUAUUCUUGUGAUAAAAGCUCACCAUUAGCCAGAAACAACGAUACACACUGUUCAACUGUGCCUUUUACAUCAUACCGGCAAACGAUCAUGCCUGAUCGUGUACCACGGAAGGAGCAUAAAAAACAUCUUGCGGUUGUUUUGAUGCUCGGUUUAAACCCCCACCGUAUUAUUAUUAGCUCAUCGCGCGAAGGAGAAGCUGCGUCAUCUUAGUGCACAUAUGGAUACAUAAGCCUCCACGCGUGCAGUCGUUCAAGUGCGGAGGUGUUCAAUAGAUUGUAUAAUACCACCCAAUGUUCUACAGCAACGGGCCCCCACGCCUACGACCAAUUAUCCAUGGUUCUUCUGAGCUGAAGGAAGCAUUUUCAAGGUGUUUUAACCCGCUUAUGUGGAAGUGUUGGUCUUCUGGCUAACUCAAGAAGUGAAUGUUGUUUGAAGUGUGCCCCAAAGUGUUCAUCUAGAAUGGGACGUGUUCGUGGUGCUGUGCUGGCAAUCGUAUUGCUCACCUUAUGCGCACGUUAUGCCGCUUGUGAAAAGUACGAAUACAUAAACCUACCGAAAGCGCAUCUUCCGAUGUAUUUCCGGCGGUUUCCGGCUCUUGAAAAGCAAUGUGCAGAAGACGAAACGUGUCCCUAUCGGGCGGUAAUAGCAAGCCAAAGUUACCAGAAUCGUAAGGAUGCCUGCUGGGGCUACGAAGACGGAUGUACGGAACCGAACCGAUACGUGAACCAUACCUGCCCCGGAAGCCACAUCGGAUACGUGAAAAGCAAAGAGGUUCAGCUGGACACGUUCUACAGCCAGGCAGAUUUCGGUUUUGUGCGGGAUCAAAUUCGCGAAACGCGCAUCAUGUGCGAACCCCAGUUCCCACACGAUUCGUCACUGGAGUGCUCGAAGUAUCUACGCUUCUGUCGCGGCCGCAAUUUGAUGAUCAAUUUCACCGAUCUUGCACACCGCCGGUCCGAACCGUUGCGCUACAAGAUGGAUGUGCUGAGUUCGGGGCAGAUCGGGGGCCACUGUCGGCUGCACGGUGAGCGGUUGCGGGACGAACUGCAGCACAUAAGUCCACUGCAAUCGUGGGGCCCGGAGUUGCGGUUUUUCGAACGUCUUGAACGUCCCCCGAUCGAGGACGGCAAGUGCGAUGUGGUGAUCGAGAAGCCUGCUUUCAUCAUGAAGAUCGAUGCCGCCAUCAAUAUGUAUCAUCAUUUCUGUGAUUUUUUAAACCUGUACGCUUCGUUGCACGUGAACCUGUCACAGCCGGGUGCCUUCGAUACGGAUACACACGUUUUGAUCUGGGAAUCGUUCACGUAUCUGUCACCGUUCGCGGAAACGUUCAAGGUGUUCACGAAGAAUCCUAUUGUGGAUUUAAAAACGUAUGCCGGGAAGGUGGUGUGUUUUAGAAAUCUCGUCCUACCGCUGUUGCCACGCAUGAUUUUUGGCCUAUACUACAACACACCGAUCAUUUAUGGCUGUGAAAACAGUGGUCUCUUUCAUGCAUUUUCCGAGCACGUUCUUCACCGGUUGAAAAUAAGAAUGUCCGCACGUGCGGACGAUCGCCUGCGAAUCACAUUCCUUUCACGUCAAACGCGUUAUCGACGAGUGCUGAAUGAAGAUGAGCUCAUGGGUAGAAUUGCAAAAAACCCAAACUAUGUCGUGCAGCGUGUGAGCUACGGCCAUGAACUAUCGUUCGUGGAGCAGCUGCGAAUAACGCGCAACAGUGAUAUCUUUAUCGGUAUGCACGGUGCUGGGUUAACGCACUUACUCUUCCUACCCAAGUGGGCCACCCUGUUCGAGCUGUACCAUUGUGAGGAUCCUAACUGUUACCGAGAUUUGGCACGACUCCGGGGCGUGCACUAUCUCACCUGGGAACGGGAUCACCUCGUCUAUCCGGAGGGCGAAGGAAAACAUCCGGAACGUGACGAACGGCACGCAAAGUUCACCAACUAUGCGUUCGAUGUGAACGAAUUCGAACGUUUGGUCGCGAAUGCGGCGACACAUGUAAAGAGCCACAAAGAGUUUCAGAAAUUUUUACACUUAGCAGCAAACCGUCCAGCAAAGAAAGAUGAGCUUUAGACAGGGUGACAACAACUUAUAUCAAUAAUGCAAACGAAUUCUCGCCUUAUAAUACUAACAACCGGGAAUUGUGUUCCCGUGAAAUGGCUUUUUAGUGUAGUGGGGAAAUGGGUGGAAUGCUUGUGCUCGUUUUAUUGACGAGCGCGACACAACUCGUACUUAUUAAACGUCGUAAGCUUUACGUACAGAUGAGAUUGGCUUGGAACCGGAUGGCUUUACAUAUGAUAUUUAUACUCUCACAAAGGCUAACUCGAGUCUUCUUAGUGUCUUACGGAAAAGGGGAAGCAAACAGUAUUUUUUUAAUCCAAAAAAAAAAACGCAUGUGUAAUACCAUUUUACCAACAACUGUGUUUUACUUUA